GCGAUGCCUGCGUUUCGCGCUUCCCCUUUCAACCCGUUGUCUUGAAAAAAACAACCCAAAGCAAAGCUAAAAAUGACGGCAAAACAUUUUACUCGGUAACACACGCUUUCUGUACGAGGGGUACGUUUUCGCAGCCGCAAUCCGGUCGAUAAAGCGCACCUCGCGUACAACUACUGGUGAUUUUCGGUACGAAUCAGUCAUCAUUCCGGCAACUAUAAUCGUAACGCAGUGAAUGAAAAAAUGGCCCAAAAGGAAUCGCCCCCAGCCGGCGACGGCGAUACUAGUGCGAUGGUUUGUAGUAACAACACGAAAAAGUCUCUACACACCCAGCGAAUGCUGUCGGCGUUCGGUAUGGUGGGGUUUGUGAAGCAAGCCCAACGGCUCAGCGCUGCCGUGGCAUCGGAAUCCUCCAGCGACGAUGAACAACAACAAUAUUCCGGCUCAUCGGACGAAUCGGAAGAGUUUGGCAGCAAGUUCUAUCACCAAGCUGCAGCUCGCUCCUAUCGGGAACGGAUGUUUGACUUCAGUACCGUCGGGUCCGAGCGGAUGUGGUUGAAAAAUUUACUACUCUCCGAAACGGACACCGAAAGCGAGAUCUCGGACGUGGAAGAGUACAUCCAGCAAAUGCUGAGGGACCAUAUACGAGAGAAAAAGAUUCGAGAAAAAUACAACGAUUCUCCAAAAAACUCGCAGUACGGUUAUUAUAGUGCCGGCUUGCUAUCGGAUAACGAUCUGUUCCCCGAACAUCGGCGUUCCGCGGCUGGGAAGCGAAAGUGUAAAAUUGAUCAUGGCACUGGUAAAACGAAAGGUGUCAGGAAAAGGAUGAAACAUGCCAAAAAGCGAAGCGGUGUCGAGGGCAACAGCUACUCCGCCGAUGGUAGCAGUUCUUCAAUGCGUGGCCCAAUGUUUGGAGACAAGAAGAGCCAAAAAAUGUUGCACCUGCAACGUGGUCGGCCGCUAUCAUCGAAGCAUUCUGAAGGCGAUGGUUUUGAUCACCUGCCCGACCAGGACGGUUCGUCGAUAGGAGGCAAACGUGGACGUAAAAUGCGUCUGAAAACACCGGAAGCAUUAAACAUUCGCCGACGCAAGAUGUGGCAACUUAUGGCCAAAAAGGAGGUUGGCAAAUUGCAACGCGCCAAGGCAAACAACCACAAAGACACCAUCACCAACUGUCGCCGUGUAGCGGCACUUUGCAUGCGAGUCGCCCGCCAAAAGGCAAUGCAGUCCCAGAAGCUGAUGAAGGACACGGUGUGGCGGGCGAAACGAUUAACGCGCGAAAUGCAGGUAUACUGGAAGCGGUACGAUAAGGUCGAACGGGAAACCAAGCGCCGCAUGGAGCGGGAAGCCGAAGAACAGCGAAAGAUCGAUGUGGAGAUCGUAGAAGCUAAGCGACAGCAACGGAAGCUUAACUUUCUCAUCACACAAACGGAACUGUACGCACAUUUCAUGUCGCGCAAGCUGGGAAACGUGUCGGCAGAGGAACAGCUUAAGAUUCUGUCGCAGCUGGACGAGGAAAGCAACCCGCGGCUGGCUGCCGUCGACAAUUACGAUUGUGAGCGCAUGAAACAGUUGGCUCAGAAGAAUGCAACAGAAGCGUUCCGAAGUGAGCGGGCACGAACAAAUCAGUUCGAUGUGGUACAACACACGGAUUCGGGGUCACCACCGUCUAUUGAAUCAGUUGCUGCAUUGUUGGAAGAGCCAAAGGUUAACGUUACGGAUGAAGCUGCGGUAAUCAAAGUCGAACCGAGCGCUGGAAUCGCUGAACUACCGCAGCCUUCAAUGUUCCGCGGACGGUUGAAGGGCUACCAGCUGAAGGGAGUGGCGUGGCUUGCGAAUUUAUACGACCAAGGCAUCAGUGGCAUACUCGCCGACGAGAUGGGACUUGGCAAAACAGUUCAAUCGAUUGCGUUUCUUUGUCACAUUGCCGAACAUUACGGCGUUUGGGGACCAUUUUUAGUAAUUUCGCCUGCUUCCACGCUACAUAAUUGGCAGCAGGAAAUGGAGCGGUUCGUCCCAGAGUUCAACGUCGUACCAUACUGGGGAUCGCCGAACGAGCGAAAAAUUCUACGCCAGUUCUGGGAACAGAAGCAUCUGCACACGAAGGACGCCAGCUUUCACGUGGUCAUCACCAGCUACCAGCUGGUAGUGACCGACUACAAGUACUUCAACCGCAUCAAGUGGCAGUACAUGGUGCUCGAUGAGGCGCAGGCAAUAAAAAGCUCUAGCUCAAUGCGUUGGAAGCUGCUGCUCGGGUUUAACUGCCGUAACCGGCUGCUACUGAGCGGUACGCCGAUACAGAACAGCAUGGCUGAGCUGUGGGCACUGUUGCAUUUCAUUAUGCCGACACUGUUCGAUUCCCACGAAGAAUUUAACGAAUGGUUUUCGAAAGAUAUCGAAAGCCAUGCGGAGAACAAAACGGGUAUAGACGAAAAGCAAAUAUCAAGGCUGCACAUGAUCUUGAAACCGUUCAUGUUGCGACGCAUUAAAAAAGACGUCGAAAAUGAACUGUCGGAUAAGAUCGAGAUCAUGGUUUAUUGUCCGCUGACGACACGCCAGAAGCUACUGUACGUGGCGCUAAAAAAGGAAAUUUGCAUCGAAGAUCUGUUGCAUCUGACCACGGUUGGUGGUGGUGGCAGCGGUGAUGGGCAGUCCAUCGAUCGUAACUUUACCUCGAAUCUGAUGAACCUUGUAAUGCAAUUUCGCAAAGUGUGCAAUCAUCCGGAGCUGUUUGAGCGGCGCGAUGUGCGUAGUCCAUUUUGUAUGAAAUGGAGCUACGAACUGUCCGAGCGGCCCAUAUUUCGAAGGCAACUUUUAAUGGAAUACACCGUACCGAGCAAGCGCCAUUGGCUGCACAACAAAUGCUACCUAUUCAAUGCCAUGCUCGUACAAAGUCGCAUGAUGGGUGCAGAUAUCAGCACAUCCCGUGUACCUGUUGAAAAAAGCCGAUCAAAGACGAGACGAACGUUCGCGAAGGCAACGCAUUAUGACGAUUGGUGCGCACCGUUCAGUUGUGCUAGGCUAGCAGGAGGUUUAUCGCCAAAGCAAAUAGAACAACUUGCACGAAGAAACGUGUCCUGGCUGAUAUAUCAACUGAUCGAGGAGUGGGUACAUUGGAUAAUGGUGUUGCAUUUCCGUUGGGUUUGGAGAGAAAAAGAUCAAUCAUGCUCGUGGUCAGAUCCGCGCUACAUGCUACUGGAACCAUCGGCUGAACGAUGGACGACACGUUGCUUCCCUUGGACAACGAUGGAACAGUUACUAUUCACCCGUACUAUUCACACUGCAUCCAUUCCGGUUUACACCCAUCACGAUCAUGUGCUGCAUUUCACGUCGGAAACGCUGGAUCAUCGCAUAAUGCGCAGCCGAAAGCAACAAAUUGCGGGACAACCGUUGAAUUUACUGCCCGAGGUGCCGUACGUUCCAAGUCGGCGACCAUCCACCGUAAUGUCCAACGAACCGACAGCAAUGCCGAAGUUUCUCUGUCGGCACUAUACCAAGGUGCUCAACACUGCCGGCUGCACUGGGUCAGCGUUACGGGCGAUACACGCGCAUCGUUUGCCGCACUCCAAUGGGCGAUGGAAUGAUAAUGAAACUUUAGCGGUAGCGCAACGACACCUUGGCGUACAUGUCCAUGCAUCGUAUCCACCGCACGGAUGGUCAAACAUUAUCAUUCCCGACAAACAGACGCUCGUGUCCGAUGCAGGCAAGCUUUCAGUGUUGGAUUCCUUGUUGGCACGCCUGAAGGAACAAGGACAUCGUGUGCUUAUAUACUCACAGAUGACGAAAAUGAUCGAUUUGCUAGAGGAAUACAUGUGGCACAGAAAACAUCGGUAUAUGCGGUUAGAUGGUUCGAGCAAGAUUUCCGAGCGACGAGACAUGGUCGCCGACUUUCAGAAUCGGGCCGACAUUUUUGUCUUUCUGCUUUCGACGCGCGCCGGUGGUUUAGGCAUCAAUUUAACCGCAGCAGAUACUGUGAUUUUCUACGACUCCGAUUGGAAUCCAACAGUCGAUCAACAAGCGAUGGAUCGAGCCCAUCGAUUGGGCCAGACAAAGCAGGUGACUGUCUAUCGGCUCAUCUGCAAGGGCACGAUAGAGGAAAGGAUAUUGCAACGUGCACGUGAAAAAAGUGAAAUUCAACGAAUGGUUAUCAACGGGGAUAAUUUUAAACCAGAUACGCUCAAACCAAAAGAAGUUGUUUCUCUAUUGCUUGACGAUGAAGAAAUCGAAUUGAAAUAUCGUCAAAAAACGGAGGAACGCCGGUUAAUGGAGGACCCUGUAGCGAAAUCGUCCAAAGACCGGGAUCGCAAACAGAAACAACCACCCGCAAAGGACACGGUGGCGAAAGAUCGCAGACGAACGAUGGAACCAGGUGCAUCGUGCGAUGAGCCGUGUGGUUUCGGUGAUUCCGCUGCACCAAGUCCCGCACAAAGCGAACGUUCGAAUCUCAGCGAUAAUACGAACAAAGCUUUAGAUGCGCUGGACGAUUCAAGCAAUGAAGCAUCUUCCAUGUCAUUUGACAUGCACCGUGAACAUCGGGAAAGUAAAGCUCGAUCAGUCACACGUGGCUCCACCAAGCGAGGAAGACCACGUGGUUCUAGGAGAGGCGGUAGUACAGGUAGUACAAGACCCGUACCAAUGGAACAACAAGGCGUUUUGGAUAAAGACAGUAGUGUUUCGGGUUCAACGAUGCCUGCCGUACCAUUGGCCGCACCCGUUGCUACCGUUGCACAGGUGAGGCGUGGUCCAGGACGACCACGAUUAAAAACAAACGGACCAAGCAAUCAGGGUACACGGGGACCACAUGUACGGCAGACGAUUCGGAUACGAAAACCAAUCGGUCCGCUAGUGGUACCGCUGGGUGGACAAACAGCAACGGGUGGUGGAGCUAACCGGGUGCUAUCGUCAUCCAGCACAACGACGAAAUCUGCCCCUCCGCCGUCCAAUUCUUCCUACCCUUAUGCAGCUUCAUCGCAGCAGUCACCAUUCAAUGCAGCAGCGGCAGCCAAACCGUCGGCACGGUCGAGUAGUACUGUAAAUUCCGCCCGGAAAACCACCCAAUCCGUUCCUUCCAUGGACAAUCCGACAAAUCGACAGCAAUCGCUACCACCGAUGGAGAACGAUAGUGGUACAGAGAUUCCCGUAGUAAAAAUUUCAACUAAAACAAUAGCAAUGUUUGGCAAAACAGCACUUAAAAUGACCAACAAGUUGUGUCUCGUCGGCACGAUUAUAAUCAUUUGCUUUAUUGAGCUGAUCGUAUCGCGGGACGUGUACGAUCACUACGAGCACAACUUACUGCGACGCGGUCACCGGGGCUUUCAUCAACAGCAGCAGCAGCAGCAGCAGCAGGAGCAGCACCAUCAGUACAACAAUAUUAAUCAUAACAGCAAGCACCAUGGCAAUAGCAAUUACCACCAAACUUACUGCGAUCGGCAGGUGAAGUUUUACGAAAAAUCACACCAUAACAAACAUACCGGCCAUCAUCAGCCACGCGUGGAAACGAUCGCGAUGAAGCACAAGCGUCACUACGGCAGCCAACAUCAGCGAAACAAUUCCUUCUCGUCCAUGCACGGGCAUCCCGGUUGGAUGGAUGCAUCUUCCGACGGUCACGAACAAACGCUCGUAAUGCUCCAGGACGAUGAGGGUGGUGCCGCCGCGGGCCUGAAGCAACCGAAACACGGCAUCUCGGUGUGGCCCGUCAAGCGGGAAGCGGUCGUUGAGGGUGAUCUCAUACUCGGCGGACUGAUGAUGGUCCAUUCGCGGGAAGAUUCCGUUACGUGUGGUCCGAUCAUGCCACAGGGUGGCAUCCAGGCGCUGGAAACGAUGCUCUACACGCUGGACAAGAUAAACGAGCAGGGCCUGGUACCGAACGUUACGAUCGGGGCACACAUCCUGGACGAUUGUGACAAGGAUACGUACGGGCUGGAGAUGGCGGUCGAUUUUAUCAAGGGCUCCAUUAGCAAUAUAGAUGAUAUCAACGAUUACGAUAACUGCAGCAAAGGGCACAAGAAGAAAAUUAUUUCCGGCGUUGUGGGAGCCGCUUCGUCCGUAACAUCAAUACAGGUAGCGAAUUUGCUGCGAUUAUUUAAAAUACCUCAGGUUUCCUUUUUUUCUACAAGUCCAGAGCUGAGCAAUAAACAACGAUUCGAAUACUUUUCACGUACUAUUCCAUCGGAUCAUUAUCAGGUGAAGGCUAUAGUGGACAUAGUCCAGAAGUUGGGUUGGAGCUACAUUUCCAUUAUUUACGAAGAGAGUAACUAUGGCAUUAAGGCAUUCGAAGAGUUAGACGAUUUGCUAUCUAAGCAUAGCAUUUGCAUAGCUGUUAAGGAGAAACUAGUAAAAGAUUCUGGCGUUGCUGAAACGAUAGCAUAUGAUAACAUAGUACUAAAACUGUUAACCAAGCCACGCGCUAAAGGUGUUAUUAUAUUUGGAUCGGACCAAGAGGUGGCCGAAGUGAUGAAGGCAGUCCGUCGGCAAAAUGUUACAGGGGUAUUUUCAUGGAUCGGAUCCGAUGGGUGGAGCGCUCGCAAUUUAGUGUCGGAUGGUAACGAGGCCGAGGUGGAAGGUACACUGUCCGUUCAACCGCAGGCAAACCCAGUGAUUGGAUUCGAAGACUAUUUUCUCAACCUGACCGUUAUUAACAAUAAGCGUAAUCCUUGGUUUGUAGAGUUUUGGGAAAACAAUUUCCAAUGUAAAUAUCCACAUUCACCGUACACCCCGUACAAUAAGGACUAUAAGAAUGUGUGCUCGCCCACAGAGAAGCUCGCGAAAGGUGAUCUCGACUUUGAAGAUCAGUUGCAGUUUGUAAGCGAUGCGGUGAUGGCUUUUGGUUAUGCAUUCAAAAACAUGCAUCAGGAACUAUGUCGAGGUAAACCGGGUCUUUGCGAUGCGAUGAACCCGACCAAGGGUUCGGAGCUGUUGAAGUACCUACGGAAAGCGGAUUUUAUCGGGCUUAGCGGCGAUAGGUUCAAUUUCGAUGUGAACGGCGACGGACCAGCACGGUACAACAUUAUCCACUUCAAGCAGGUAGCACCGGAACGGUACAAAUGGAUAAAGGUUGGCGAAUACUAUCAGGGCGAGUUGCGUUUAAAUAUGCAAGAUAUUCAAUUUCGCACCAAAGAUUCAAUGCCACCUGAAUCGGUAUGCAGCAGACCAUGCGAACGCGGUCAGGCGAAAAAGUACGUCGAAGGUGAAGGAUGCUGUUGGCAUUGUUUUAACUGCACACAAUAUCAGAUACGAAGUCCAAAUGAUGAAACACACUGUGUGAACUGUCCAAGGGGAACGCUACCAGACGUGUACCAUGAAGAAUGUCAACAAAUUCCCGAAUCCUACCUACGGCCGGAAUCAUUCCUCGCUAUUGGCGCAAUGACGUUCAGCUCGUUUGGCAUAUUGAUUACAUUUUUCGUUAUCGGUGUAUUUUUGAAACAUAACGAUACACCGAUCGUUAGAGCAUCCGGACGGGAGCUGAGUUAUGUGCUGCUUAGUGGUAUACUGCUCUGCUUCGGUGUUACCUACACAUUGGUUAUCAAACCAAACGAUAUAGUUUGUGGAGUGCAAAGAUUUUGGUCCGGCUUUUCGUUUACCGUUGUGUAUGCAGCAUUGCUAACCAAAACUAAUCGUAUCGCGCGCAUCUUCAAUGCGAGUACUAAAUCAGCAAAACGUCCGUCUUUCAUAAGUCCGCAUUCUCAGCUGGUCAUUUGCGGCAUACUGGUAUCCUUCCAGAUUUUAAUCAAUGCAGUAUGGAUGAUAGUGUCGCCGGCACAUGCGAUGCACUACUAUCCCACACGGGAAGAUAACCUACUGGUUUGCAACUCCUAUACCGAUGCAUCGUACAUGAUUGCAUUCUUUUAUCCUAUUUUUCUGAUAGUCAUUUGUACCGUAUACGCCGUGCUGACACGGAAGACACCCGAAGCUUUUAACGAAUCUAAGUAUAUUGGUUUUACAAUGUAUACAACUUGCGUUAUUUGGCUUGCAUUUAUACCACUGUACUUUGGUACGGCCAAUAAUGUUCAACUUAGAAUAUUUACAAUGUCCAUGACGAUUAGCCUGUCGGCCACUGUGACGCUGGUAUGCUUAUUCUCACCAAAGCUUUACAUCAUAUUGAUUCGUCCGGAACGAAACAUACGACAAAGUAUGAUGCCCAUCCGAUAUAGCACAAUAAACAAAACGACCGGUUCGGCACAAUCCUCCGUCAUGGCGGCAGUCAUCGUAACGGCGGCCACGUGCAACGAAAACGAGAAGGUUAUCAAGAGCGCAUCGAACGAAAACAUUCCGGCUGCGUACUGAUACACAAACAAGGUGAAGCUAAAAAGGGUAGGCAACGCUUCAAAACCACACAACACAACAACAGCUAAAAAUGCAUCAUGAGCUCCUAUGGUGGCCGCUAUUGAAGUUAGUUUUUAACGACCAAUCAAUUUUGUGUGCGAUGUGAGGGACGAAUAGUUCGGUUUUAAUUUUGUAGUCAUGUUUGGAACUCAGUUCGCAUUGCGUGUUAAAUGAGAGCAUUUACGAGAGAUUUGAAGGACAGUGGCAGAGAAAUAAUGAAAACAAAUAUAUAUAUAGUAUCCGUUCAAA